AUGUCUGAAAGACAGCAACAACAAAAAUGUGUUCUUCCAUUAAAGAAAUGUGAGACAUACAGAAAUGAAGAAUCCAACGAUGGUGGUAACUCACCUCAAGGAAGACAGAGAGUUUGGAGUUCUUUGCGAGGAGGUAAUUUUGGCAAGAGUAACCCCCAAUAUGAACAUGGUGGAUAUGAGCCUCAGCUUUCACACCACCAGGAGGAUGAUGGAAAUGUGAUGAUGAGGAAUGUCCAGGAAUACCCCCAAGUAAGACACACUUUCUAUAGCAACCAACAGAACAAGAGGAGAGUGAAAUGGCAUAAUGAAGGCCAUAUCCAUGUUACUGUGUGGAGAGAUAAAAAACCUCUGAAGAGAGAAAUGAGGGAGAACACACAAGAUGGAACCCCAGGGAGCUGGUUCAAGAUCACCAUUCCCUAUGGGGGAAAGUAUGAGAAGACAUGGCUAGUGAAUUCAAUCCAGGACCAUUGCAGUGUCCCUUUCACUCCAGUGGAUUUUCACUAUGUGAAAAACGAAGCUCGGUUCUUUGUCCAGGAUGCUGGCAUUGCCUCUGCAUUGAAAGAUGUCAGCUACAAGAUUUGUGAUGAGGAGAACCAAAAGAUAUCGAUCUUUGUCAAUCCCUCUAAUGUACCCUACUCUGUGCGGUAUAAGUUGAAGCCAGAAGAAAUGAAGCAGCUAAAGCUGACCUCGGUGUGGGAGUUAAACAAGAUGAAAGGGCUGAAGCUUGAAGAGCUUUGGCUAGAAGGGAACCCUUUGUGCGACACCUUCCCAGACCAGUCCACCUACAUAAGUGCCAUCAGGGAAUGUUUCCCCAAGUUGUUACAUCUGGAUGGCCAGACGUUACCCCCUGCAAUUAUCAUUGACACUGAUGCCCCAUACUUAAUAAAGUCCAGCAAGGAAAGCCCCAGAGGAUCUGAGAAACUAAAGAGUCUAAUCCUGCAAUUUCUUCAGCAGUACUAUUUGAUCUAUGACUCUGAAGACCGCCAAGGUCUCCUCUGUGCUUACCACUACAAGGCCUGCUUCUCCCUGACCAUUCCCUUCAACCCCAAAGACCCAGCCCCAAGCAGCUUAUGCAAGUACUUCAAGGAAAGCAGGAAUAUGAAGAAGAUCAAGGACCCCUAUAUGCGUGUUCAGCUGCUGAAGCAUACAAAACAUGACAUUGUGUGCUCCCUCAGCACACUGCCCAAAACUCAGCAUGACAUCAACUCCUUCGUGGUGGACAUGUGGUUCCAUACGGAGAUGAUGCUCUGCUUCUCUGUCAAUGGGGUGUUCAAGGAAGUGGAAGGAAGGUCUCAGGGUUCUGUUCGCGCCUUCACCCGGACCUUUAUUGCUACACCUACCAACAAUUCCAGUCUAUGCAUCGUGAAUGACGAGCUGUUUGUGAGAGAUGCCAGCCCAAAUGAGACUCAGAGUAUGUCCUCCAUCCCAGUGUCCUCAUCCACUUCCAGCUCUGUGUUCAUCCUCUCCAAGGAGCAGCAGGAAAUGGUGCAGGCUUUCUCCACUCAGUCUGGGAUGAAACCUGAGUGGUCUCAGAAGUGCCUUCAGGACAAUGAGUGGAACUACACCAGAGCUGGUCAGGUCUUCACUAUGCUCAAGAAUGAGGGAAAGAUCCCAGAGGACGCCUUCAAGCAAAUCGCCUAG